AUGAAGAGAAGCGCUGUACCUGUGCUCUGCUCCGCGACGAGCGUCUCUCCUGAAGACUCCGCGCGAACUGACGCGCUGCGCGAGGGACGCGACGCGACGGGAACGCGCCGGCCGCGUGACUAUAGAAACCCUUCUGGAACCAAAGCCAUCAGUAUGUUUCACAAGAAUAAGGAGCCGUGUCCUCUCUGUGAUGAAGCCAAAGCAGCUCUGGAGCCCUACAGACACAGAUUUGAGCUGCAGGAGGUGGACAUCUCUCUGCCGGAGAACAGAGUCUGGUUGGACCGGUACCGUCUCCACAUCCCCGUCUUUCACCUGAACGGAGAGUUUCUGAUGCAGCACCGCGUGAACACAGAGCUCCUGGAGAGACGUCUGGAGAAGAUCUGCUCUCCAUCACCUUCAGGCGGCUCAUCCUGAAACAUUACCCACAAUCCUCUGCACUCAGGAGUUAAUGGGAAAUGAGCUAUCAAAAAUAAUACAUUUGAGACAAAAGCAGAUGUUUCCUGCAGUUUUGAUGAAGCACUGGCGGAUGGGAUUAUACCUGGAUUAAAAUAAAGUAUUUUUCUAGAC